AUGGCUUUAAAAAUCAGAGUAGAGUGCGAGGCAGGGACGUGUGCUCGGUGCAAGGUGGACCAGCUGAAUGCGCUGAGCCGCGAGCUGUCGUCCGGCACGACGGCGGUGGUGGCGCUGAUCCACGACGGCCGGCUGUUCGUGGCGAACGUGGGCGACUCGCGGGCGCUGCUGUGCCGCACGGACCCCAACGGCGUGCUUACUGUCGCGCAGCUCAGCGCGGACCACGACCUGCGCAACGAGGAUGAGCUGCUGCGCCUGGCACAGUUGGGCCUGCACAUCGACACGCUCCGCCGAGGAGGCCGGCUCGGGAACCAGGAGAACACGCGCUGUCUCGGCAACUAUCUGGUGAAGGGCGGCUACAAGGAGGUGGGAGAGCUUCGGGCCGCCACUUCCGAGCCUGUCAUCGCUGAGCCUGAGAUACACGGUGGCAUCCAGUUGGACGACUCGUGCAGGUUCCUGCUGCUCAUGUCGGGGGGACUGCACAAGUCGCUGCAGGAGGCCACGGGCCGGCCAACUGCGCAGCUCAACAAGGAGAUUGCGCACAUGACCGUGGAGCAGUUCCGAGAGCAGGCGACCUUGACUGGUGUGGCACAGGCGGUCGUGGACAAGGUGGCACGGAUGCACCACGACACGUACGUGAGUGGGCGCCUGGGCACGGCCGGCAAGAGGGGCGACAUCACCCUACUGGUGCGCAACUUUAACUUCCCCGUGGCCAGCCAGAGCCACUUGGAGCAUUUCACGGCCACAGACACCUCCGACACCUCCACAGACAGCUCGUCCCUCAUCCACUCGAUCGAGCAGAGCAAGGUGGAUCCCUACGUUGAUUUCUCCGAGUAUUACCGCAGCGUCGAGAGGAUGAGGCUGGAAGGCACCUUGCCUCCUGGCAUAGACUUCUAGCACUCUUCUGUGCGCACAACCCAGCAAGUACUAAGAUACUGGGACUUUAAGUUAUGUGCCGUGUUCCGUGCUGCUUGCUGCUCUAGAUGCCAUGGGAUGUCAAUGUUAGCCACUCAUAAUUUCAAAAUUGUGUUUGGAGUAACUAUGUGUUUUAUAUGUGACACAAGGUUUGUUUUAAUACUCUUCCAUAUGUAUUUUGGAUAGUAUAGUUUUUUUUUUCUUUACCCAAUAACCAUUUGAUGGGGUAAAUCAUUGUACUGGUUGACAAAGUGAUAAGUUGUGUGACUAUUGAAUCCACAGAUGUGAGUUAGACAUAUCUUAAAUUCAUAAGUGUUGUACCUUCUAAAUUUUUGGCUUAAUAGUUUGGUUUGCUGCUGUUUAGAUCCAUGCCAGUGACAGUGCUCCACAUAAGAUCUUGGUUUGCUGGUUUAGAAUUAUUUUUACUAAUAUUGAUCUUCAGAUAUAUUGUAAAUUUUGUAAAAUUACCCUUGAUUGAACGUGAAUUACCCUUGAUUGAACGUGAACAAUCGUAUAAUCUAUAACAAGAGGUUGAAAGUGGCUAAAUUACUUAUGGUUCCAUGUAUUUGCAACCAAAAAAUGUCAUUUUUGUACCUGAAAUUUAAUUCUACAUAUAUACAGUAUUGCAUAAAAUGAUGAAA